UAUGAGUCAGUUUGAAAUCAAUUCGCAAUCUUAAAUACCAGUUUAAGAAAGAAGCAAAUUCAAUUCAAAUCGAUAUAUAGGGUCUAACACUUUAAAUGGUUAUAAUCAAAAUACUCUUGAGUAAAAUGAGUAAUGAUUGAUAUAUUGUAAUAAUUAUAGAUCAGUUCCUUAAGCCUCUUCAUAACCAAAUAAGUAUAGACUCACAUAAAUUUAAACAUAGGAAUUAAUAAAUAGGGUCAAAAUUAGCCUCAGAUACCUAAUAUGAUUACUCUUAGAUGGGAAAGCAAACAAUUAAAGACCAAGAUUAGUCGGAGCAAAUACAAAAGUUAACAAAAGAAAUUGAUACAUUGAAGUAAGAGAGAUAAUUAUGUGUAGAUAUUAGUGGAGAGCACUCGAAUAGGAAAAUCAAAGUUUAAAGUAUGAUAAGUAAUUUUCUUAUAUAAACAUUAGCAUUCAAUUGAAUUAAAGAAACAAAUCGAGCAUGAAUGAAAUAUAAGAAUUAUAGUAACAUAAUUAAGUAUUAAGCUAGAGAUCAAAUAUUAAUUUCAAAAAAUGAAAAUAAAAGAUUGACAAAUAUUGUUUAAGAAGAUCAAUUCUUGCUGAUAGAUGUACAGAAAUUAAGGAAAUAAGUAGAAAUGAAUAGAGGACUUGAAUAUAAGAUUAUUGAUUUAGAUUAGUAACUUAUAAGCCUCAAUAAAUAACUUUUAGAAUCAAAAAAAUAAAAUGCGUUUUUAGAAUCUGAUCUUCAGAAUCAAAAAGAAAUCAUAGAAAAAUGCAAAUCAUAAAUUAGAGAUUAAACUCUUGCAUAUGAAUCAUAAGUCUUAAAAAACGAGUAAUUAUUGAAUGAUAAUCGAAAAAUGAAACUCGCAUUAGAUUCAAUCAACUAAGACUUAAAUUAAGAACAGGAACAAAACUAAAUCCUUAACCAAAAACUCAGUUAAAUCUCAUCAGGAGCAAAAGAUUAAAUAUCUAAUUUAUAAAAAAGUCAAUCCAAUCUAAAUAUAUAGAAUGAGUAAUUGAAGAACUAAAUCAAUCUAUUAUAGUAAAAGGAGAAAGAAUUACAAGUUUCUCAAACUCUGAAUAUUUAAUAGGAAAGUAAAAUAGCAUAGAUAAAUCAAUAAUUAAAUGAAUGUAUCAUUACUAUAUGUAUAUAAUAGAAUAGAGAUAAAUUGAAUAAAGCAAAGCAGCAAUUUCAAGUGCAAAAGCUGAAUAUAAUAAAAUGGUAGCUGCAUGCCAAUAAUAGGAUUAAGAAAUUAAGAAAUUAAAAGAAAAAAUAAAUUCUAUGACUUAACAAAACACACUCAUAUAAAAUAAAUGUACUUAGUUGGAGAAGAGUCUAGAAGAAGGUUAACAAAAAUCGUAAAUGCUGUCUUAAGAUCUAAAGGGGUAACUGGAAAAAUGGAAGAACUAUGGAACUCAGUUGGAACAAGAAUUAAAGAAAAGGGAGACUGCUUUAGUGAAUUUAGGAAAUGACUACAUUAAGUCAGAAUCUCAAUUAAAAGCAGCUCUGGAUGUAUAAACCCAAUUAAGAAAUGAAAGAACUGCUUCUUUAGGAAAAUUAAAAGAAAUGCAUGCUGACUUAUUGACUUAUGAAAAAAAAAGUGAUUCAUUAGAAAGAAGUAAUUUUACAAUAUAAAAGUAGAUGUUGUAGCACUUCAGUCUCAAAUUCAAAAUUCAUAUUAACAUUAAGAAAGAUUAGAAUAAGAGAAAUAGGUACUAAAUCAAGAACUAAAAAAAUUGGUAGAUGAACUACGUAGAAUCUAAAAUUAAUGCGAUUUAAGAGAUAGAGAUAUUUAAGAUUUGAGAACUCAAAAUUCGCUUUUGGGUGAAAGAAACAUUACUUUAGAACGUGAAUUAAGUUUAGAAAGAGUAAAUUCUACAUUUAUAUCAUUAGGAUAAAUAAUUAUAACUAGAUUCUAAGGUUAGAACUUUAGAAAAUGAAAUCCAUAAAUUAAAUUUUUAGCAUACUCUUCGACAGUAAUAUUCUUGGAACACUGACCCUCAAUUAAGUCUGGGUAAUUCGAAACCUUUGUUCCCAGAGUUAAGCCAGGACUUUUAUUCUCCAUAAACAAAUAUCCAAGGAAUUAAUUCUCCAAAGUACCCUUAAUAUGGAAUUUAAGUUUAACCCAACUACAAGCCUACAGAAGUUUAAAAUUCUGGGCUUGAAAAUUAAAGCAGCAAUCUAAUGCAUUAAAUAAAAAGCUAAAAUUAAAACUCAAAGUUCUAAAUUUAACCUGAGUAUUAAUUAAAUUGAU